AUGGUUGAACUUCUAGAAUCUCUUUGGGGUGUCGUGGGUGAUGCCGGAAUCAGCGGAGGCUUCUUCACUCAUGGCAUGGGUGUGGGUUUGGGAAGAAUGAAGCCACACCGCGCUACCUCUUGUCGAAAGAAGAAAUCAGAGGAAGCUAGUUUCUUGGCUGAUCUAAGGGAUCACAUUGAUGAAUUUGUUCAUGCUUCCAUGGACAAACACAAGACAUGCUUUACGAAGACCAUUCAAAAGAUGUUUGGAAUGUCGAAGGUUGUUGCUGAAAGGAAUUUCGGUCUUAAUGAAGUUGAAAGUUCUCUGCCUCUUCAAACAAUAGUCUCAGAAAAAUAAUGCAGAAGAAGAUGGACGGGCAAUGUUAUCUCAGGGUCUGCCAAGCACAACGGCACCGGUGAUGACGGACGCAACCAUGAAUUUGUAUUAUUUGUAGAACUUAAUGUUGUGUAACAGUUUGAUUAAGUUAAACUUUAAAUAGACUGUUGUAAACUGUUUUGUUGGUAUUGUGGCUUUCAUGAUUGAUUGUUUCA